AUGACAUGACGGUCUGUAUUUUCUCUCGCUGAAGUUGCCGACCUACUUUCAACACCCCCCCACCCCCCACCUCCCUUGAACGUCAAAGAAGCGUUGAGAAGUAACGAUCGAGUGGUUUUACUUUUGGAAGGGCAAAAAAACUACAUUUGCAUAAUUAGGUAAAACCCCAACGUGUGAUUUGGCUGGAUACUUAGUUCAUUAGAACACAAAGCUAUGAAUUGGAACCGAAUGACCGCUGCCCUUCGCAGAGCAAAUUGGAGAAUACUUUAAUUCACCACGAAAAAGAAGCUGCGUUGAGAGUGAUCUUAACACAUGACCGAGUCUUCGUAUGGUAAGCCAGUCCCCUCUUGUCGGAAAAACUGUUUCUCCUCUUAUACAUCAACCGUAAAGAAACAAUCAAAGAUGUCUUUCCACGUGAAAGCGUCUGCACUCGGACUAACUCAGAGCUCGUCAACAGCGAACGGACGCGAUCAGCAAUAUAUCUCAGGAGAGACAUGUCCCUGCCCGGUGGCCAUCGAGCUCAGCACCGCCGUAUCCGUGUCCCUGGGCUUGGAUUCGGUUCCACAGCCCAACGACCUGAAUAAUUGCUCCAAGAACGCCUUCGCAGAAAGCGUCCCGUCUGCCGCCGCCAACAGCAUACAAAGUGCGUCUGAGUUCGGACCAGGGGUGAGCGUGUCCCCCGAAGUGAUCAGGGGGCAGCCGAAAGACCCGGAGGAGAUGGAGCAGGGCGCAUUCGAUCAGGUGUCUGAUGACAUGUAUCAGGGCAGCUGUAUGGGUCUGCUCGGAUCCAGUCAAGGGGACUACGCGCUGCCCGAGACGCGUGCUCAUCCCGCGAUAGCACGAUAUGUCGUCAAGGAGUCCAACUUGUUCAUCAUGAACGCUGUGGACGAGCCGUCCGCUCUACCCAGACAGGACGAAUUGCUGCACGUGAAGACUUCGACUCAAACGGCGACCCCGCCACUUUUCAGGGACACACCGGGGAUGUGGUGCGUCGGUUCGCAUGUACUAUACAGCGAUCGGACCGAGCCGGAGAGAAGUAGAUUGUGCGGACAUAAUUUGUCCUGCAAAUACUGUAACUAUGGGCAACCCUCAUUUGGACCGAGGCAACCCUGCUAUUGUGCCCCCUCCAGCGACGGCAACCGAGAUGCAAACAGUGGUUUACAGACAGUGAUGGCUCAGGGGUACGGCCAGGUGGAAAGUUACCAAACUGCGGUUCCACAAGGCCUGGGACAAUACUCCAACAUCAAGACCGAAUCUCCCAGCUGGGUUGAAUACAGAGAUCCAAGUUUCAGAUAUGACGAUAUGUUCCCAGGAAUGAGCGUGUACCUGUCAGACCGUAGAGUGUGUCAAGUAUGUGGAGACGACGCCUCAGGUUGUCAUUACGGGGCCGUCACCUGCGGAAGCUGCAAGGUGUUCUUCAAGAGGGCUGCAGCAGGUAAACAGAACCACCUCUGUGCCAGCCGCAAUGACUGCACCAUCGACAAACUGAGGCGAAAGAACUGUGCCUCGUGCCGCUUAAAGAGAUGCUUCAUGUCUGGCAUGAGCCUCAAAGGUCGGAGGCUAAAGGUUGCCACUCAAACGCGAAGCAGGGAUGAAGACAUGCCUCAGGCGUCUGGGAGUGAUCGAGUGUUCGAAGCCAGUAGGAUUGCCCCCACAAGCCACGCAGCCUGCUCCCAGAGCCUGGACCCGGGUCCCUCUCCAAGCCUGCACUCGUGCCUCUCCCUGCUCAGCCAGCUGCAGGCCAUUGAACCCAUGGUGGUCAAUGCGGGCCAUGACCCCAUGCUGCCUGACAGCCCCAGCUCCCUUCUGACCAGCCUCAACGAGCUGGGAGAGAGGCAGCUGGUCACGGUGGUGCACUGGGCCAAAGCCAUACCAGGUUUCCGCGACCUGCACGUCGACGACCAGAUGUUCGUGAUCCAGUCUUCGUGGAUGGGGGUGAUGGUAUUUGCCCUGGGAUGGAGGUCUUACACACUCACUAAUGGCUCCAUGCUGUACUUUGCUCCAGACCUGAUCUUUGAUGAGCAGCGGAUGCAGGUGUCCAGCAUGUACGAACACUGUGUGAGGAUGCAGCUCUUGUCCCAGCGGUUCAGCAUGCUGCGGGUCACCCAGGAGGAGUACCUCUGCAUGAAGGCCCUGCUCCUCUUCAGCAUCAUCCCGGUGGAGGGCCUGAAGAACCAGCAGGGCUUCGACAAGCUGCGCACCUCCUACAUCAACGAGCUGGAGCGCCUGGCCAGCCACCACGGCGAGACCACCCGCACCCAGAGACUGUUUCAGCUCACCCAGCUGCUGGACUAUCUGCACCCGAUCAUCAGGAAGCUCCACCAGUUCACCUACGAUCUCUUCGUGCAAGCGCAGUCGCUGCAGAACCGCGUCUGCUUCCCCGAGAUGAUCUCGGAGAUCGUGAGCGUCCACGUGCCGAAGAUCCUCACCGGCAUGGUCAAGCCCAUUCUUUUCCAUAAGGCAGGCUAGGACCCUUUGCCGUCCUUCCCAAGCCUCACGCUUCAAGCUUUCAACCACGGCUCACACAAGCUCUGGGACUGCUGUCCAUAAAUCCAUCCAUUCAGAAUAAAUGUAGUAAGGGGUUUAAAAAAAACUGUUACUUACAUUUUUUUAAUCACAAGAUGAAAAAGGCCUUCAUGGUGUUGUAAUGAGAGUGAACAACAUAUAACCAUGUGCUAUGGGUGGUCCAUAAGACACAAAUAAUCAAACUGAUACAUGCUCUUAAUUACUUUCGCUACCUAUUCAUUCAUACACACAUGAAAGGGUAUCUAAAACAAAACACUGACAAUAAUAUGGUAGGUCUACAAUAAGAAGCAGGACUCUUUUGCGCACAUUCCACCUUUAUCUGUCUAAUUUAUGUUCCUCUGUUUGCAACAGGCAUACAGCAUUUUCUUCUUGAUAUUGAUCAACAGCAUUGGAGAAAAUAAAUGCAUUAGGCCAUUGAAAACAUAGUGCUCAAGAUGGGUUCGGGUGAACAGAGCUUGUCAUAAAUAUGCAUGCUGAAAAUAUGUUUCAUGCAAGCCAAGUACGACGCAUCGUAGGCUACUUUCUUAGAACUCAUAUUUUGAAAAUGAUUGUACAGGAAUGACUGCUGUCGGCCAAAUAUCGAUUCUUACGCAAGAACAGAACUUCUUAAUUCAUUAAUCUCCCUGAGCAAUAUCGAUGCAGAAGGGUUUUCAUGUGUCAAGCUGACUGACUGUUACAAAAUACUGUCGAUAAUCUAUUUGUAAUUUUAUCAUGACAAAAGAAAAAAAAAAACGCUAAUUCACUUUAUCCCAAUGUCGUAUAUAAUGACUUGGAGGAGCGGGGGGGCGGGGAUUAUUGGUUUGCAAUCUUUGUUUAGUAGGCUACUGCUUGUGGUAUUUUCUGUGUCAUUGCCAACUACACGCGCCUUGCCCUUAAUGUGAAUGGACAUUUUUGUCACGGUUUUAAUUUUUCUACAUUUUCACAAAAGUGUUACUAACCCGUGCUAUAUUCAGUCUACUCUUGCCAUUGUUGCAACUGCUGGUGGACGACUGGACUUCACCGGACGCCUAGAGACGGCGAAAUGGUUCCGAUUAUGUACAGCUUUAUGUUCUACCAAGAUGUGAUGCAUGAGUGUUAAUUGUCCAUAGAGGCGGAGCGAGAAUUUUCCAAAAUUCUUCGCAGAUCUUUUGAAUGCUUUCUAGUGUCAAUACAGUCAAUAUCCACGAACCCUGUCUCUUUUAAUGUAUUUCGGAUGUAUAAGUGAUGGCUUUAAACACUCCUCCAUCGACGUAUAAAUAAGAACUGAAAACAUGAAAUAGGAGGCCCGGGCCGGCCACGACCUCAGAGGAGGACGGCCGAGCUCUCUGAGUGGCCAACGACGUGCGUCGCGUCGUAGGUCGCAUUGGUCGCGUCGUAGGUCGCAUUGGUCGCGUCGUAGGUCGCAUUGGUCGCGACGUAGGUCGCUCGUCUGGCUGCUUUCAGUCGCUGUGGUCGCUGGCUGGCUUGGUCGCUCAAAAUCUAUGGGCGGUCGUUUAUCAGCUAAUUUGCAUGUUAAGGUAACUUAACAGGUUUUUUGAGACAGUUGAAGUACCAGAAAGCCAUGCUCUCUGGCGAAAGCUUCCUAUAGCUCUUUAUUGCAAAUAUUAUUUUUAUAUUUUUAUAUUGAAGUAGGCCUACAGUUUAAAAUGAUGAAAUCGUUUGUCUAUCAGUGUCAAUAAAAUAUAUUAGUUGUAAUUUGGGGCGGAUUCAAAUAAUGUAUUUUUAGAUAUUAUAUAACCUAUUUAUUUUGUUAAAUGACAGUAAGCCUAAUGAGGUAUAUUAUACACAAAGUUCUUCGUUAUAGAGUGAUAUAUUAGUUGUAAUUUGGGGAGUAUUCAAAUAAUGUAUUUUAUAUAUUAUAUAUAGCCUAUUUGUUUUGUUAAAUGUCAUUAAGCCUAAUAAGGUAUGUUAUGCACAAAGUUCUUCGUUGUAGAGUGAUAUAGGUUAAUAUAAGUGCAAUAUGUAGAAGAAUUUGUCACAGUGGUUCAAGCGGUAGUGACGCCUGGUUAGUAAUCAAGAAGGCGGUUCUUCGAUUCUCUCCGGGGUCAGAUAAAUUUCUGCUCUUUUAGUCAAACUUACUGACGCAAUCGGCCUCUUUCAUUUGAACAUUUUUGUAUGAUUUAGUACGAUGGUAUGAUAAUUAUACGGCGUAAUGACGGGCUGCGACGCCUGGCUGGUAUCGGCUGGCUGGCUGCGACGACAGGCCCGGCUGUCUGCCGCUGGCCACUGGCCGCUGGCUGCGGCUGGCAGCUGGCUCUGGCAGGCUGACCGACUAGGUCGCGACCAUAAAAGCGUCGCGACCCUUUUGGCGGCAAAUAGGUCGCAACCAACCAGAGGUAUGGCUGAAUGAGCGACCUGUGGCAGCCAGCCAUUGUCACCAUGGCUGCUACCAUAACAAAAAGCCUAUAUGUUAUCAGUUAACAUCUCAUUGAACAGAAUAAAUACACGUGCGUCAGUAGUAUAAUAAAAACGUGCAUACAAUAAUAGGCCUAUUGGUCUAUCCAUCUAUAUUUAAUUAAUUUUAAAUUAACUUUGCAAUACAGUGAUGUGUACACAUUUAUAUUGAUUAUAUUGUAUAGCCUAUUGAUUUGUUAAAUGUCAAAGACUAAUAAAAUAUCCUAUGAAGAAAGUUAUAGUGUAAUAUACAACACUGUCGAAAUGUAUCGAAUAAAAUAUAGGGGGUAACACCAGGGACGCGGGAAGUCAGUCCCAGGGGGGGUUGCUGAGAGAGAGUCUAUAUAAUGACGUCAUAAUAAAUGCUGCGCAACAUCCAUUGUUUACAGAGACGAGAUGACGGGUGACGUCACAUUCAGGGCUCCACUCUGAUAAACACUCUACUGGUGUGUAAAAAUAGUUCUGCCAACUAGCCACUGUUAUUCACAAACCUUAGCAAGUAAACAUUGUGGAAAUUAUGCCUGCUAACCCACUGGAGACCGAGGCUCAAUUUCUGUGGAAAACACAAUAUCUUUAAUUUUAAACGUAACGCUAUCAUGUCAUAUAUAACCACAGACAUUUUUAAGUUAUAAAUCUCAGUGGGAAGUGGAGAGAGCUGUGAGCGCAGGUGACCGGGGUUCAAGUCCGGUUGAUGUCGUCUGUUUCGGUUCGGAUCUCUGCAAAAACGUAGACACUGUAGUUUUUUAUUGGUCAACAUGGAAAGAACAUAAGAGUAACACUGUCGAUAUUUAUCAAAUAAAACAUAGGGGGUAACACUGUUGUUUUUUAUUGGUCGUCAUGAAAAAAAACAUAAGGGGUAACACUGUUGUUUUUUAUUGGCCAUCAUGAAAAAAAACAUGAUCAUCAUAUAUAACCUCAGACAUAAUUAAAAUACUAAUCUCAGUGGGAAGUGGAGUGAGCUGUGAGCUUUCCUCCUGGAGACCGGGGUUCAAGUCCGGUUCAUGUCAUCUGUUGGAAGACUCAUAUCUCUAUUUCAUGCGAAUUAUAAAGUCAAGCAUAACCUUUGUGUUGUCUAUAUUCGGUGUCUUGAUGGUGCAUUAAUAAGUUCGGAGGUUAACAACCUAAACAGCUCAGGUUCGGAUCCCCGUAAAAACGUUGACAGGGGUACCACUGUCGAUAUUUAUUGCUCAACAUGGAAAAAACAUGAGGGGUAACUCUGUCGGAUUUUAUCGGACGUCGUGAAAUAAACAUAAGGGGUAGCGUUUUUAUCAAAUGAAACAUAAUGGGUAACACUGUUGUCUUUGUCAAAUAAAAUAUAAGGGGUAACACUGUCGUAAUUUAUUGGUCGUAAUGAAAAAAAACAUAUUCAAAAAAAGAAGAAAAUUGGCGUUCUCAAAUAAAAUAUAAGGGGUAUCACUGAUGUUUUUCAUCAGUCAUCAUGGGAAAAAAAACACAAGGGGUAACACUGUCGAUAUUUAUCAAAUAAAACAUAGGGGGUAACACUGUUGUUUUUCUUUGGUCGUCAUGAAAAAAAACACAAGGGGUAACACUGACGUUUUUAUCAAAUGAAACAUGAGGGGUAACACUGUCGUUUUUAUCAAAUGAAACAUAAGGGGUAACACUCGUUUUUUAUCGGCCGUCAUGAAAAAAACAUAAGGGGUAACACUGUCGAUAUUUAUCCAUUAAAACAUAGGGGGUAACACUGUCGUUUUCAUCAAAUGAAACAUGAGGGGUGACACUGUCGUCUUUUAUUGGUCAACAUGGAAAAAACAUGAGGGGUACCUCUGUCGUUUUUUAUCGGCCGUCAAGAAAUAAACAUAAGGGGUAACACUGUCGAUAUAUAUCAAAUAAAACAUAGGGGGUAACACUGUGGUUUUUCUUUGGUCAUGAAAAAAAACAUAAGGGUUGAAAAAAAGCAUAACUGUUGUUUUUUAUUGGUCGUCAUGAAAAAAAACAUAAUAGGUAACUUUGUUGUCUUUGUCAAAUAAAAUAUAAGGGGUAACACUGUCGUAUUUUAUUGGUCGUAAUGAAAAAAAACAUAAGGGGUAACACUGUCGAUAUUUAUCAAAUAAAACAUAGGGGGUAACACUGUUGUUUUUUAUUGGUCGUCAUGAAAAAAAACAUAAGGGUUGAAAAAAACCAGAACUGUUGUUUUUUAUUGGUCGUCAUGAAAAAAAAAAUAAGGGGUUACACUGUUGUUUUUUAUUGGUCG